AAUUGACGUGAAGUAUAAGGGACGUGUCAGAAUGUGUAAACGUACUGAAAUAACGGCGUUACAAAAUGUAACGGACAUUAUAGGUUUUACGACGGAGAACGUCAUUAGCAUUAGUUAGCUUGGGAGGCCUCGCGGGAUGUGGGUGUGUGCGCAGACGUGCAGAGAAGAAGGCAAAGCUGCAUCUCUUAACGAAUACGAGGUCAACAAAUUGUUUCAAACACGCGACGCUCAGUAUGACGCAAUCCAUAUGCGACACGACGCUGUAUCAACCGAGCUGUCAACAAACUGAGGGACGAUGACUCACUGAAAAGACAAAUGUACAACGAGGCGAAGAUAUUUCCAGAUUAUUCUUGACUUAAAAGAAACGGAUAUAUUCAGACGGUGUUUUGUAUGAAACUUCAUCUCAAGGAUCCAUGUCUUUUCUUCGCUGGGUGUCAGAGAAACUGAGCGUGGAGAGUCUUCGAGAUUUGGACUUAUUUGGAGAACCAGCUCAGGGACUCUCUCCCAGGAAAGCCCAUGAGGAGAGUCGGGAGAGUCUGACCUCUCUCCCUCGCUCAGACACCAUGAGCAGCUUCCCCCCUGACAGCGCUGCCUAUGAGCUGCUCACCGUCAUUGGUCGCGGUCUGGAUGGGUUGAUGACGGUGAACUUGGCUCAGUACAUUCUGACUGGGGAACAUGUGGCCAUCAGAUGCAUCGACCUGGAGUCCUGCACCAACGACAUGGUCACCUACCUCCAGGCUGAACUCCAAGUGUCCAAGCUGUUCCACCACCACAGCAUUUUACCCUAUAAAACUGUCUUCAUUGCCAAAAACGAACUGUGGGUCAUCACCCCCUUCAUGGCUUAUGGGUCGGCCAGAGAUCUCAUCUGCUCUCACUUCCCUGACGGCAUGAGCGAGCUGACCAUCGCCUACAUCCUGCUGGGCAUGCUCCGGGCGCUGGAGUACAUCCACCACAUGGGAUACGUGCACAGGAGUGUGAAGGCCAGCCACGUGCUGAUCUCUGCCGACGGUCAGGUCUGCAUGUCCGGCCUCCGCAGCAUCUUCAGCCUGAUCCGACACGGUCAGAGAGCCAAAGUGGUCCACGACUUCCCCCAGUACGCCGUCAAGGUUUUGCCCUGGCUGAGUCCGGAGGUGCUGCAGCAGAACCUGCAGGGCUACGACUCUCGCUCGGACAUCUACAGUCUGGGCAUCACCGCCUGUGAACUGGCCAAUGGACACGUUCCUUUCAAAGACAUGCCGGCCACUCAGAUGCUUCUGGAGAAACUGAAUGGCACGGUUCCAUGCCUUCUGGACACCACCACCAUCCCUCCGGAGGAGUUGUCCUUGAAGCCGUCUCGCUCUGCUGCAGACUCUGGAAUCUGUGAGGGCUCCGGAGCCGGAGGGGCCCGGCCCUCCAACGGGGAGGCGUCGUCGUCGUCGUCAGCCGCUCACCCUUACAAUCGGACCUUCUCCUCUCAUUUCCACGCUUUUGUAGAGCUCUGUCUGCAGAGAGACCCGGAGAAGAGACCCUCGGCCACCACCCUGAUAGGUCACCCCUUCUUCAAGCAGAUAAAAUGGCGUCCGUCGGAGGCCCUGCCGGAGCUUCUGAGUCCCGUGUCUCCGAUGACCAACUUCAGGAAGUCACGGUCGCAGGACUCUGCCUCCGGCCUUGCAAGUCUGGAGUCCGGUCUUAGUCAUCUGGAUGUGGACGACUGGGACUUCUGACAGCGAGGGGCGGGACUGUGUGGACGUUCUUGUGCAGCCGUCAUCAGAGAUUGAGGUGAAACAGCCAGCAGCCAUCUUGCCUCCUGUUGGAUCCGUGGCCUCUUGGAGAAGUGGAACUCAAGAAUCGACAGUGAAAGUCGGCAUUUUUUCAAAUGCUUUCCAUCUCUACGUUUAAGAAACAGAGAGGUUGCCGACCUCACUGCACCAAACCUGGCUCCUGUCAGAGCAGCAUGCCGACACCGCUCCUGCUCGUUGCCUGUCGCUUCAUGCUUCACUUUUGUCGCACGGCGGUUCCAUCUACCUUAACGUUACUCUUGUUGUUACAUCGCAGCUGCUUUGUCUGCAUGAUAGUUGAAAAUAUUUCUGUUGGAUUUGAAUAA